UUGGAACUAAUCAAGAAUUCAUUUGUUUAAUGCUCUCUAUCUAAUAUAACUUCAGAUGAGAACAAAUCAUUGCCAUCUACACUGGAUCGUUCUUAUCUCUCCAAAAAAUGUUCGAUGCGACGAUCUCAAAGUGUCUGCGGCUUAUAUACAUGUUCUUCGGUACUCUAAAUUCCAUCGCCGCACCAUCGGAUAACGAUGAGUUCGUUCGAUGGUACUUGGAGCUAUCCUUCUCAGCUAGAGUGGUGAUUUAUAUUACAGUUUUGGGGACUAUAAUGACGAUUACUUAUUUGGUAUUGAAAUUCCUGAGCGAAUGUGACAUGGAGGAUGACACAGAGAGGCUACUACCAUUGGUGGCAGAAGAAGAAGAAGUCCACACCGUUUGGACGCCGUUGAUCAACGAGUCUUCGGAGGUAACGGGGAAGAGAGAUGUAGAAACAGCGUCGUUUAGCUCGUCGGAUGAUGUGGACUACUCGACAUUGUGUGUUAUAUGUUUCGAGGAACGUAGAAACUGUUUCUUUGUACCGUGCGGUCACUCUGCCACUUGUCGUGGCUGUGCUCAAAAGAUCUUGUCGGAAGAAAAUAAGGUGUGUCCGAUUUGCCGAAGGGUAAUACGCAAAUCUAGGAGAUUAGUGAUGAAAAAGCUUUGAACGCCGUUGCUUUUCCUAAUCACCAUUUUGCGAACUCAUGCUUCCAAGAAACGCCCUUUGCUUUGCGCUCGUUUUAUUAUUAAGUGUUCUUAUCAGUUUUCAGCGACACAAGUGAAAAGAAAGAUUCGAGUUUUGG